GUUGUACUAAAGCUCUGACGUCAUGGGGUGGUUCUACUAUAUUCUGAGAAGAGAGCUGGAGGUAAAUGGUUGUGAAAGUCUAUCAGGAAAUAUAAAUAUAUUAGCUCGACUGAACUUACCAUGGCUGAAGAAGAAGAAGUUCCAACCCCAGUUGAAGACGAAGAACCAGAAGAAACCCCGGGUUACAAGCCUCCCGCUCAGAAAACUUUGCAAGAAAUUCAAACGUUGGACGCGGAUGACGAGUCUUUGGUUAGGUACAAGCAAAUGUUACUCGCCGGUGCGGGGGCAGCAGGUAUCCCAAGAGAAAGUGAUCAUUACAUUUUUCAAUAUUGGGUAGUUAUUUUUCUGAUCCUGAUAUAAGGAUAUUUUUGACCCUCUGUUUUCUAGCUGAUGAAGGUGGUCCCAACGUGAAGGUCUUAAAAAUGUCAGUGAUCGUGGAAGGUCGUCCCGAUAUCGAGUUAGAUCUCACAGGUUUGUAUCUUGCUCUUUUCACAACCGUAAUCCUGGAAUGUCCUUUUUGGUUCCGUCUCUGCUUUGGAAUGGUCUAUUCUUAUUCAUAACGUCUGUUCUUCCGACCUUUUGUGGCCCUAAUGUAGCGCAUUGUGCGUGACAAAAUUUACCAGCUGAUCAGAACUACGGUGAAGUAACUAUCAUGAAGAGGAAGCUUCUAAUUUCGAGCGAUCCGACCAGCUUAAGUCUCUGUUGUGUUCACCUUUGGUUUUGCAGGAGACCUGAGCAAACUUAAAGAAAAACCAAUAGUCAUCAAAGAAGGGGCCAGUUACAAAAUCAAAAUAACAUUCAAGGUAAAUUCCUGCAUAUUAGUGUUGACAUUGUACUAAAAUGGCAGAACCGUGCUGUUAUAUCGUACUUGUUACAUUUAAGUAAUGGCAGUUUCAGUCUUGUAUUAAUUAAAGAGUGUUCAAGUAUGCCUUUUCAAUCAGUUGUGAUUUUGCCAUUUCCUUCUUCUUUUGCGCUCAGUCUGCGUUUUUUGGUGAUAGAGAUUCGUAAAUUUACGAGCUAAAUUGUACUCGACAUGAGCUCAUCAGUAGAAAUCAUUGUGAGAGUCAAUUUUGAAAGUUAAUUAUUCUUCACCCUAUUUGAAAAGCAGACUUUUGUUUAGUAAUGAUCCUUUUGAUGUCAACAAUUUACUCAGAUAGAUUUAUCUUUGAAUCAUUGUUUUUGUGUCAUCCAUGUUUUUAGAGUUACUAUUGUCUAGACUGAAAGUUAUGUGCAAUUUUCUGACUGCAGAAUGUCAUGUAAUAAGGAAAUUCUACAAGUUUUUAUUUCCGCCUUGUCUCUGUUAUGUUUUACAUUAAGACAAAGGAAAUGUUGAUAUGAAAUUCCUGCUAGAAAGGGAGUACUCUAUUGGACUUUAAGAUGUCAAAUAGUGGAAAAUGUUGUAAAUAGCACAAUGCAGGGGAUUUUUUUGCAUUAGCUUAAAUCAGAGAAAUCAGAAAAACAGAGGGUAGAAAAUGAAUAACACAUUGGAGUUAAUUAUGGCCCAGGAAUCCCACACUGUUGAGAUCAGGGCAGGUAAAAAGGUUCAAUUAACUCAAGGACUCAGACCUUGCAAGCAAAGAAAUGCUUGUGUUACAGUGCUUGUAAUGAGAACUUGCUUGCAGGCUUAAUAGACUGUACUACUUCCCACAUGACCAACAAUACUUAUCUGCAGCUUUCAUCGUGAUUUGACUUUGACAAUUGAAUUUUUCCAUCCAUACUUAGUCUUACAGAUCCAUAUCCUGAGUUGAAAGAUCACUCACUAGCUAGGCACAACUAGCAGGGUUUUUUUGCAGCUCUCUUUUGGUGUUAUCACUCAAUUUAUAUCAAUCUCUUGGAUAAAAAUCCUUGCUCCAUGAGAUUUUCUGCCUUAUUGAUUAUACUAUUGUCAAAUUCAAUUGGCUAAUGAUCAAGUUUCCAAAAUACUGACUCCUUUCUAGGGGCUAGAUUUGGAAAACAAUAUCAUCCUUGCAGGUCAUCAUCUUCAGUGUCCCCUCUCUGCAGACCUCUCUCUAGCUUGCAUUGGUCAAGGCCUCACACUUUGAAGAAAGGCUUGUGCUGAAGCACAAUUUUAUAUGGUCCUCCUCCAAAGCUAAUGUCUCUUAACCCUUUCACUCCCAAGAUCUAAUAAGUGCUGACUAUCUGCCAUACCAUUUUAUGUUAGUUUGUUUGGUCCACCAAAAUAAUCCCAUAAUGUCUUCUUAACCCUUUGAACUCCUUGAUAUUGGGAGAUUGUCUUGCAUCAAAUUUCUUAAUAAGAUAUUCCAGCUAAAUCAAACAUCAGGCUCUUGAGAAUUAAAGAAAGGAUCUGAAACUUGACAAGCUCUUGAUUUUACUUGAUGUUAAUAUGAAAUUCCUGCUAGAAAGGGAGUACUCUAUUGGACUUUAAGAUGUCAAAUAGUGGAAAAUGUUGUAAGUAGCACCUUGUCAGCACCUUGUCAGCACCUAAGGAGAUGAUUAGAGUUACUAUGGAGAACAUGUAUACUGAUGUUAGGCUUGACAGACAGCUUAGAGAUAAGAAAGCUGGAAAAUGCUUAAAAGCUUAAAUGUUAACAAUACUGUAAACAAGGACUCAAUGAUAGCUACACCUUUAUUUUGAAAUACAUGCUUAAUUGUCUCUUACUUAAUUUCAUCAAUAAAAAUAUUCAUGCUGCAGCUAGCAUCCUGAAAAUGAAUGUCACAGCAUCUAGUUUUAAAAUAGCUUUUGAUUAAACUGGCUCAAGAAUUUGCUGGGGGCUUUCACUUGGGAUUUCAAAAUAGGAAUGGAGUGGUAGCAUCCUCUUGAACUUUUGUAUGUGACUUGCACUGUUUUCAAUAAGAUUUGAAGUACACUCUAUAGGUGGCUACCUCAGUAGGGCACUUACUGGAGAAUAAGUUCCCUUCAGAACAAACUGGCUUCAAAUGGAGUCUACGCUGUUUAACUUUGGCAAAUGUUCAUUAAAUAUUAGUCUCCUUCAUAACAGUUGUUUAACUUGUCAUUUUAUUUCUAAUCAAAAUCUUCCAUGAGCUGACAUGUUAACCUGCUGCCUUAGUUUCACACAAGAGUCCUCUGAAAGGACAUAUGGUUAAAGGCUACUGAAAUUUGAGUCAGCAUGUUCUUAGAAACUCCCAAAAAGUCACAGAAAGAUCCAGAAUGAUGGUAACCAUCCAAAAUCACAUAAUACAUAACACUUUGAACAGGCAGUCUACAAAAACAAUAUUAUACAAUAUCCUGUCUGCAUCAAUGCGCAUGCUCUUGAAUGUUCUCAAAUUUUGAUGCUAUGAUCCUCACCUUCCUUUGCCUGACCAAACCAGAUUCUCUUGUUUUCUAUUUGUACAUCAGUUUUUGAUUCACAAUUGCAAAGUAUUUGCACUUUAGAUGUUUUCUGAGUUUCUUCUGCUUAUAAUUGCAAACAAACCUCCUGCUUUGAAACAAAAAAUGCAUCUUUUGCAAUCCAAGUUUCUUUUUUUUUUUUUUUUAGUGGGUGAAAUUAAAGAUAUGCAGCAGUGAAUUCCACAGGUUUUAUUUAUUGGAAAAACCCCAGGAUUAGUUGAUCAUUCUAGUCUGUAGAAGUGUGCGUUAUUGCUGAUGCAUUCCAUGUGGUUGGAUGAAUCACUUUUUCCAAUAUAACUUGUGCCCAUUGUAAGAUCUUAGUUACAAAUCAUUGUUUUUUUAAAAAAAUUUUCCAGGUGGUACGUGAAAUUGUGGCUGGUCUUAAAUUUCAUCAAGUGACCUACAGGAAAGGUAUAAGAGGUAAGUGUAGGUCAACAUUAUGGUAGAUUAAGAUUUAUGAGGAAAUAACUUAAUCUAUUACUAAUUUCAGGACAUGAAAUUAAUAUUUUUUUUUCUGAUAGCCACUUGGCUCCUAAAUUUUUCAUAGUGGUAGCCAGUUAAAAAAAAGUUGGUCACCAUUUUUGAAGACAAACAAAACUUUUUUAUAUGGUCAGCAUUCUAGAUAGACCCUCAAAAAUUAAGUUAGGAAAAAGGUCUUUAAUUUAACAUGCUACAAAGUGGACACUAGAAUGGAUGAUAUACAAAGUUCAGGCUCACCAAAAUCCAAGAUGGUGUCUAGUCAUUGAUCGAGAUACAUGUGCUGUAUUUUGGAAACAAACUUAACGUGGAAGUUUGCUGCGAAUUUAUCUUUGCAAAUCUUUUUAAUUCACUAUAUCUCUAGGUAAGGUUAUGAUGAAGUAUUCUAGUCACCAAUUUGGUGACUAAUUUUGAGGAUUUGGUUGCCAAAGUGAAAAAUUUAGGUGCAUUGGCACCUGUAUUAGGCACAAUUUCACACCUGAACUUAUGCCACAUUAAAGAGAUAUUUGUUGGCAUUUUGUUAUUGUUUACUGAUCAUCCAAUUGUGAACAUUCUUUUACUUUCCCCUUUGUGUUUCAGUUGACAAAAGUAGCUUGAUGGUAGGAAGUUAUGGUCCGAAACCAGAUCCUCAAGAAUACUUAACUCCAUUUGAUGAAGCACCCAAGGGAAUGUUGGCUCGAGCCCAUUACACAUCAAAGAGCAGGUUUAUUGAUGAUGACAAGAACUGUUACCUUGAGUGGGAAUGGGGAUUUGAUAUUAAAAAAGAUUGGGAAUAACAGCUAUUCGACACAUGUCAAGACGUAGAAAUUAGUUUUUUUUUUUUUUAUGUAGGAAGACAGUCUAUUUGGAGAUUUUUUUUUUUAAGUUUGAAUUUGAUGCUACACGGUAUGCACUUUUUUGUCUUCAGGUAACUUUUUUUGACUGGCAGUCAUUAUCAAAAGAAGAAAUAACUACAAAUGUAAUGUUAGAAUCUGUAUAAAGAUGUUUUCAUAAUAUUUUGAAGCUUUUUUUAUGUCUUGAGAUUGUGUGAAAAUAACCAUUGAUAUGAUCAAUAAUAAGAUCCAUCCAUCUAGACCUCAAGCAGUCUUUAUUAAUUUAGUUAAUUGACAUUGAUGGAAAAAUUUCUUUGCUUCACUUAAGGAGUUUGUUUUGUCACAGUCUUGUUGUUUUAUUUCUUUUGGCUGGCAUGGCGGACUACCUGGAGAAAGAGAACUGCUGGUAGUCCCCUCAUUUACCUAGCUUUCCUUUGUGUGCUGUGAAAUGUACCGUGUUAGAUGGAAGAUCCCUCGGGUGUCCUUGCAUGCAACCAGUUACAAAUAAAGUUUUUGCCCAAAAUAGAAGAGAAUCAAAUUUAUACCUUGACUGCUGUUUUUUUAACUUUCCUGCUCUCCCUUCCCUACUUAACAACCCAGAAUCCUAUUGCGAGUUGUGGAUGCUUUUUUUUAAGGGUCGAGACAAUUAAUGAAACUGCUAUUUCGGGUAAUGAAUUAGAAGUUAAAACUUUACUUCCCAUUUGUAAUGAAUAUGUAACUUUUCUCUAGAACACUUACAAUUUAAAUGCAUUUAGAUUAACAACAAAUUGAAACGUAAACUUAACUCCACGUAAGAGGAACUUGUUGCUGAAUGUUGGGCAAGGUGAUGUUGGAGCUUCUGUAUUUUGACUGGCAGUGAAAAUGAUGGUACAAUACCUGAUAAUACUUUUAAAAAAUUGCCUUGUCAGCAUUUGGGUUGCCCUGUUUCUCUUUGUACCCAUAUAGCAGGGACCUAUCUCGCCUUGAAUCAAACCAGUGAAUUGAUGAAGAAUGGAUCGCUCAGCUGAAAAACAUGAAAAUUUCCCUUAAUCGAUGUUUUAAUUGGAAAAGUUUUUGAGAUUAAGAAAUACUAUUACCUGGAAUUAACACCAAGUUUCUAAUCAAGGAUUAAAGGUCAAAUGGUAUCGGAGGCAAAUUCACCAACUCGAAUACCCAAGGGAGUCAUGUAUGGUUCGAGUUGGCGGGGGUUCUAGUGAGCUGAUAGGAUCAAUAUCAGUAUUUGGG